AUGCGUUGGUCAGUUUGGUCGCCCGCCCCAUUCUCCCGCUUUCCAUCACCCCGCCCAUUCUCCCGCUUUCCAUCACCCCGCCCCAUUCUCCCGCUUUCCAUCACCCCGCCCCAUUCUCUCGCUUUCCAUCACCCCGCCCCAUUCUCCCGCUUUCCAUCAUCCCGCCCCAUUCUCCCGCUUUCCAUCACCCCGCCCCGUUCUCCCGCUUUCCAUCACCCGCCCCAUUCUCCCGCUUUCCAUCAUCCCACCCCAUUUUCCCGCUUUCCAUCACCCCGCCCCAUUCUCCCGCAUUCCAUCACCCCGCCCCAUUCUCCCGCUUUCCAUCACCCUGCCCCAUUCUCCCGCUUUCCAUCACCCCGCCCCAUUCUCCCGCUUUCCAUCACCCCGCCCCAUUCUCCCGCUUUCCAUCACCCCGCCCCAUUCUCCCGCUUUCCAUCACCCCGCCCCAUUCUCCCUCCUUCCAUCACCCCGCCCCAUUCUCCCUCCUUCCAUCACCCCGCCCCAUUCUCCCGCUCUCCAUCACCCCGCCCAAUUCUCCCACUUUCCAUCACCCCGCCCCAUUCUCCCACUUUCCAUCACCCCGCCCCAUUCUCCCGCUUUCCAUCACCCCGCCUCAUUCUCCCUCCUUCCAUCACCCCGCCCCAUUCUCCCUCCUUCCAUCACCCCGCCCCAUUCUCCCACUUUCCAUCAUCCCGCCCCAUUCUCCCGCUUUCCAUCACCCGCCCCAUUCUCCCGCUUUCCAUCAUCCCGCCCAUUCUCCCGCUUUCCAUCACCCCGCCCCAUUCUCCCGCUUUCCAUCACCCCGCCCAUUCUCCCGCUUUCCAUCACCCCGCCCCAUUCUCCCGCUUUCCAUCACCCCGCCCCAUUCUCCCGCUUUCCAUCACCCCGCCCCAUUCUCCCACUUUCCAUCACCCUGCCCCAUUCUCCCGCUUUCCAUCACCCCGCCCCAUUCUCCCUCCUUCCAUCACCCCGCCCCAUUCUCCCGCUUUCCAUCUCCCCGCCCUAUUCUCUCGCUUUCUAUCAUCCCGCCUCAUUCUUCCUCGUUCCAUCGACCCGCCCCAUUCUCCCUCCUUCCAUCACCCCGCCCCAUUCUCUCUCCUUCCAUCACCCCGCCCCAUUCUCCCGCUUUCCAUCACCCCGCCCCAUUCUCCCGCUUUCCAUCAACCCGCCCCAUUCUCCCACUUUCCAUCACCCCGCCCCAUUCUCCCGCUUUCCAUCACCCCGCCUCAUUCUCCCGCAUUCCAUCAUCCCACCCCAUUCUCCCGCUUUCCAUCAAACCGCCCCAUUCUCCCUCCUUCCAUCACCCCGCCCCAUUCUCCCGCUUUCCAUCACCCCGCCCAUUCUCCCGCUUUCCAUCACCCCACCCCAUUCUCCCGCUUUCCAUCACCCCGCCCUAUUCUCUCGCUUUCUAUCAUCCCGCCUCAUUCUCCCUCGUUCCAUCGACCCGCCCCAUUCUCCCUCCUUCCAUCACCCCGCCCCAUUCUCUCUCCUUCCAUCACCCCGCCCCAUUCUCCCGCUUUCCAUCACCCCGCCCCAUUCUCCCGCUUUCCAUCAACCCGCCCCAUUCUCCCACUUUCCAUCACCCCGCCCCAUUCUCCCGCUUUCCAUCACCCCGCCUCAUUCUCCCGCAUUCCAUCAUCCCGCCCCAUUCUCCCGCUUUCCAUCAAACCGCCCCAUUCUCCCUCCUUCCAUCACCCCGCCCCAUUCUCCCGCUUUCCAUCACCCCGCCCCAUUCUCCCGCUUUCCAUCACCCAGCCCCAUUCUCCCGCUUUCCAUCACCCGACCCAUUCUCCCGCUUUCCAUCAUCCCACCCCGUUUUCCCGCUUUCCAUCACCCCGCCCCAUUCUCCCGCUUUCCAUCACCCCGCCCAUUCUCCCGCUUUCCAUCACCCCACCCCAUUCUCCCGCUUUCCAUCAUCCCGCCCCAUUCUCCCGCUUUCCAUCACCCCGCCCCAUUCUCCCGCUUUCCAUCACCCCGCCCCAUUCUCCCGCUUUCCAUCACCCCGCCCCAUUCUCCCUCCUUCCAUCACCCCGCCCCAUUCUCCCUCCUUCCAUCACCCCGCCCCAUUCUCCCGCUCUCCAUCACCCCGCCCAAUUCUCCCACUUUCCAUCACCCCGCCCCAUUCUCCCGCUUUCCAUCACCCCGCCUCAUUCUCCCUCCUUCCAUCACCCCGCCCCAUUCUCCCUCCUUCCAUCACCCCGCCCCAUUCUCCCGCUUUCCAUCACCCCGCCCCAUUCUCCCGCUUUCCAUCACCCCGCCCCAUUCUCCCGCUUUCCAUCAUUCCGCCCCAUUCUCCCGCUUUCCAUCACCCCGCCCCAUUCUCCCGCUUUCCAUCACCCCGCCCCAUUCUCCCGCUUUAAGUCACCCAGCCCCAUUCUCCCGCUUUCCAUCACGCCGCCCCAUUCUCCCGCUUUCCAUUACCCCGCCCCAUUCUCCCGCUUUCCAUCACCCCGCCCCAUUCUCCCGCUUUCCAUUACCCCGCCCCAUUCUCCCGCUUUCCAUCACCCCGCCCCAUUCUCCCGCUUUCCAUUACCCCGCCCCAUUCUCCCGCUUUCCAUCACCCCGCCCCAUUCUCCCUCUUUCCAUCACCCCGCCUCAUUCUCCCGCUUUCCAUCACCCCGCCCCAUUUUCCCGCUUUCCAUCACCCUGCCCCAUUCUCCCGCUUUCCAUCACCCCGCCCCAUUGUCCCUCCUUCCAUCACCUCGCCCCAUUGUCCCUCAUUCCAUCACCCUGCCCCAUUCUCCCUCCUUCCAUCACCCCGCCUCAUUCUCCCUCCUUCCAUCACCCCGCCCCAUUCUCCCGCUUUCCAUCACCCCACCCCAUUCUCCCGCUUUCCAUCACCCCGCCCCAUUCUCCCGCUUUCCAUCACCCCGCCCCAUUGUCCCUCCUUCCAUCACCCCGCCCCAUUGUCCCUCAUUCCAUCACCUCGCCCCAUUCUCCCUCCUUCCAUCACCCCGCCCCAUUCUCCUUCCUUCCAUCAUCCCGCCCCAUUCUCCCGCUUUCCAUCACCCCGCCCCAUUCUCCCGCUUUCCAUCACCCCGCCCCAUUCUCCCGCUUUCCAUCACCCCGCCCUAUUUUCCCGCUUUCCAUCACCCCACCCCAUUCUCCCGCUUUCCGUCACCCCGCCCCAUUCUCCCGAUUUCCAUCACCCCGCCCCAUUCUCCGGCUUACCAUCACCCCACCCUAUUCUCCCUCCUUCCAUCACCCCGCACCGUUCUCCCUCCUUCCAUCACCCCGCCCCAUUCUCCCGCUUUCCAUCACCCCGCCCCAUUCUCCCGCUUUCCAUCACCCCACCCUAUUCUCCCGCUUUUCGUCACGCCGCCCAAUUCUCCUACUUUCCAUCUCUCCGCCCCAUUCUCCCGCUUUCCAUCAUCCCGCCCCAUUCUCAAGCUUUCCAUCACCCCGCCCCAUUCUCCCACUUUCCAUCACCCCUCCCCAUUCUCCCGCUUUUCGUCACCCCGCCCAAUUCUCCUGCUUUCCAUCACCCCGCCCCAUUCUCCCUCCUUCCAUAACCCCACCCCAUUCUCCCUCCUUCCAUCACCCCGCCCCAUUCUCCCUCCUUCGAUCACCCCGCCCCAUUCUCCCGCUUUCCAUCACCCCGCCCCAUUCUCCCGCUUUCCAUCACCCCGCCCCAUUCUCCCGCUUUCCAUCACCCAGCCCUAUUCUCCCGCUUUCCAUCACCCCGCCCCAUUCUCCCGCUUUCCAUCACCCCACCCCAUUCUCCCGCUUUCCAUCACCCCACCCUAUUCUCCCGCUUUCCAUCACCCCGCCCGAUUCUCCCGCUUUCCAUCACCCCGCCCCAUUCUCCCGCUUUCCAUCACCCCGCCCCAUUCUCCCGCUUUCCAUCUCUCCGCCCCAUUCUCCCGCUUUCCAUCAUCCCGCACCAUUCUCAGCUUUCCAUCACCCCGCCCCGUUCUCCCGCUUUCCAUCACCCCGCCCCAUUCUCCCGUUUUCCAUCACCCCGCCCCAUUCUCCCGCUUUCCAUCACCCCUCCCAAUUCUCCCGCUUUCUGUCACCCUGCCCAAUUCUCCUGCUUUCCAUCACCCCGCCCCAUUCUCCCGCUUUCCAUCAUCCCGCCCCAUUCUCAAGCUUUCCAUCACUCCGCCCCAUUCUCCCGCUUUCCAUCAAUCCGCCCCAUUCUCCCGCUUUCCAUCACCCCGCCCCAUUCUCCCACUUUCCAUCACCCCUCCCCAUUCUCCCGCUUUUCGUCACCCCGCCCAAUUCUCCUGCUUUCCAUCACCCCGCCCCAUUCUCCCUCCUUCCAUAACCCCACCCCAUUCUCCCUCCUUCCAUCACCCCGCCCCAUUCUCCCUCCUUCGAUCACCCCGCUCCAUUCUCCCGCUUUCCAUCACCCCGCCCCAUUCUCCCACUUUCCAUCACCCCGCCCCAUUCUCCCGCUUUCCAUCACCCCGCCCCAUUCUCAAGCUUUCCAUCACUCCGCCCCAUUCUCCCGCUUUCCAUCACCCCGCCCCAUUCUCCCGCUUUCCAUCACCCCGCCCCAUUCUUCCGCUUUCCAUCAACCCGCCCCAUUCUCCCUCCUUCCAUCACCCCGCCCCAUUCUCCCGCUUUCCAUCACCCCACCCUAUUCUCCCGCUUUCCAUCACCCCGCCCGAUUCUCCCGCUUUCCAUCACCCCGCCCCAUUCUCCCGCUUUCCAUCAUUCCGCCCCAUUCUCCCGCUUUCCAUCUCUCCGCCCCAUUCUCCCGCUUUCCAUCAUCCCGCCCCAUUCUCAAGCUUUCCAUCACUCCGCCCCAUUCUCCUGCUUUCCAUCAACCCGCCCCAUUCUCCCGCUUUCUAUCACCCCGCCCCAUUCUCCCGCUUUCCAUCACCCCGCCCCAUUCUCCCGCUUUCCAUCACCCCGCCCCGUUCUCCCGCUUUCCAUCACCCCGCCCCAUUCUCCCGUUUUCCAUCACCCCUCCCAAUUCUCCCGCUUUCUCCCCAUUCUCCCUCCUUCCAUCACCCCGCCCCAUUCUCCCGCUUUCCAUCACCCCACCCCAUUCUCCCUCCUUCGAUCACCCCGCCCCAUUCUCCCGCUUUCCAUCACCCUGCCCCAUUCUCCCACUUUCCAUCACCCCGCCCCAUUCUCCCGCUUUCCAUCACCCCGCCCCAUUCUCAAGCUUUCCAUCACUCCGCCCCAUUCUCCCGCUUUCCAUCACCCCGCCCCAUUCUCCCGCUUUCCAUCACCCAGCCCUAUUCUCCCGCUUUCCAUCACCCCGCCCCAUUCUUCCGCUUUCCAUCAACCCGCCCCAUUCUCCCGCAUUCCAUCACCCCGCCCCAUUCUCCCGCUUUCCAUCACCCCGCCCGAUUCUCCCGCUUUCCAUCACCCCGCCCCAUUCUCCCGCUUUCCAUCACCCCGCCCCAUUCUCCCGCUUUCCAUCUCUCCGCCCCAUUCUCCCGCUUUCCAUCAUCCCGCCCCAUUCUCAAGCUUUCCAUCACUCCGCCCCAUUCUCCCGCUUUCCAUCAACCCGCCCCAUUCUCCUGCUUUCCAUCACCCCGCCCCAUUCUCCCGCUUUUCAUCACCCCGCCCCAUUCUUCCACUUUCCAUCACCCCGCCCCAUUCUCCCGCUUUCCAUCACCCCGCCCCAUUCUCCCGCUUUCCAUCUCUCCGCCCCAUUCUCCCGCUUUCCAUCAUCCCGCCCCAUUCUCAAGCUUUCCAUCACUCCGCCCCAUUCUCCCGCUUUCCAUCAACCCGCCCCAUUCUCCCGCUUUCCAUCACCCCGCCCCAUUCUCCUGCUUUCCAUCACCCCGCCCCGUUCUCCCGCUUUCCAUCACCCCGCCCCAUUCUCCCGUUUUCCAUCACCCCGCCCCAUUCUCCCGCUUUCAAUCACCCCUCCCAAUUCUCCCGCUUUCUGUCACCCUGCCCAAUUCUCCUGCUUUCCAUCACCCCGCCCCAUUCUCCCUGCUUCCAUCACCCCGCCCCAUUCUUCCACUUUCCAUCACCCCGCCCCAUUCUCCCGCUUUCCCUCACCCCGCCCCAUUCUCCGGCUUUCCUUCACCCCGCCCUAUUUUCUCGCUUUCCAUCACCCCGCCCCAUCCUCUGUCCUUCCAUCACCCCGCCCCAUUCUCCCUCCUUCCAUCUCCCCGCCCCAUUCUCCCGCUUUCCAUCACCCCACCCCAUUCUCCCGCUUUUCAUCACCCCGUCCCAUUCUCCCGCUUUCCAUCACCCCGCCCCAUUCUCCUGCUUUCCAUCACCCCGCCCCGUUCUCCCGCUUUCCAUCACCCCGUCCCAUUCUCCCGCUUUCCAUCACCCCGCCCCAUUCUCCCGCUUUCCUUCAACCCGCCCUAUUUUCUCGCUUUCCAUCACCACGCCCCAUCCUCUUUCCUUCCAUCACCCCGCCCCAUUCUCCCUCCUUCCAUCACCCCAUCCCAUUCUCCCGCUUUCCAUCACCCCACCCCGUUCUCCCGCUUUCCAUCACCCCGCCCCAUUCUGCCGCUUUCCAUCACCCCGCCCCGUUCUCCCGCUUUCAAUGACCCCGCCCCUUUCUCCCUCUUUCCAUCACCCCGCCCCAUUCUCCCGCUUUCCAUCACCCCGCCCCAUUCUCCCGCUUUCCAUCACCCCACCCCAUUCUCCCUACUUCCAUCACCCCGCUCAUUCUCCCUCCUUCCAUCAACCCGCCCCAUUCUUCCGCUUUCCAUUACCCUAGCCCGUUCUCCUGCUUUCCAUCACCCCGCCCCAUUCUCCCGUUUUACAUCACCCCGCCUCAUUCUCCCGCUUUCCAUCACCCCGCCCGAUUCUCCCUCCUUCCAUCACCCCGCCCCAUUCUCCCGCAUUCCAUCACCCCGCCCCAUUCUCCCUCAUUCCAUCACCCCGCCCCGUUCUCCCGCUUUCCAUCACCCCGCCCCAUUCUCCCGCUUUCCAUCACCCCGCCCCAUUCUCCCGCUUCCCAUCACCCCGCCCCAUUCUCCCGCUUUCCAUCACCCCGCCCCAUUCUCCUGCUUUCCAUCACCCCACCCCAUUCUCCCUCCUUCCAUCACCCCGCCCCAUUCUCCCUCCUUCCAUCACCCUGCCCCAUUCUCCCGCUUUCCAUCACCCCGCCCCAUUCUCCCGCUUUCCAUCACCCCGCCCCAUUUCUCCCUCUUUCCAUCACCCCGCCCCUUUCUCCCGCUUUCCAUCACUCCGCCCCAUUCUCCCUCCUUCCAUCACCCCGCCCCAUUCUCCCUCUUUCCAUCACCCCGCCGCAUUCUCCCUCCUUCCAUCACCCUCCCCCAUUCUCCCUCCUUCCAUCACCGCGCCCCAUUCUCCCACUUUCCAUCUCCCCGCCCCACUCUCCCGCUUUCCAUCACCCCGCCCCAUUCUCCCUCCUUCCAUCACCCCGCCCCAUUCUCCCUCCUUCCAUCACCCCGCCCCAUUCUCCCGCUUUCCAUCAUCCCGCCCCAUUCUCCCGCUUUCCAUCACCCCGCCCCGUUCUCCCGCUUUCAAUGA